GAAUAAUCACAACACAAAAAUUUGCACAAAGGCGGCAGCCAUGUUGUGUCAAUUAUCGGAAGUACUAAGUACCAAGUUCGUUUUGUUGUGUUGGUACCUCAACGUUUUUCUGAAUGUUGGUACACUGAAUGUUACGAACUCCAUACAAAAUAAUGUUUGUUCUAAGUUUCACAAGACUGGUCUAUUUCUAUAACAAUAUUGAUCUAAGUUCUCUUUUUGCCUUAUUAUUUUCAUAAAAAUAUUAACUGUAAUGUACGAAUCUAAAGCUUUAGUCAAGGAAUAAAUGUAUUAAUUUCAAAGACUAGCAAUUGUUACUUGUUUUAUAGCCAUACCAUAGGACUUGGAAGUAGGUUAUGGCUAAAGUAAUUACGGCUCUUACAAGAAAUUUAAGCCGUCCUCAUUACGUAAGAAUAAAUUUACGUUGCCUAAAAACCUCAUCAGUAAAUAUGGAUAAGGCUCUAGAAAAUUUAAAAACUAAUCCAUACUUUGAGAAGUAUGCUGCGCGUAUCGCAGAUUUACAAAAAACUUCACCUGAAGAGUUUAUGCAAAGAGUUGAACUUCAGAAACAAUCUAAAGAAGAGGAGAAGAAAAAAAAGUUUGCAUCUGUCGAUACGAGACAAUUUUCUUCUGUACUGAAUCCUAAAGAAGCAUUGAAGGAAGUUUCUGACUCAAACGACAAAAAACUCAGUGAUAUAUUUAAAGUAGAACUUGUUAAAGAUAAAGAUGCAAAAGAGAUUCAAGAGAUUUGGGAAGAAUAUCACAAGAAUAAAGAAGUAAUAUCAGCAACCAUUCCAAAAGAUACUUACAGCAGCCUGCAACAACAAAUGCAACAAUGUCCCACUUUCCUGUUCCCACUGCCAAGGUCUCAGGGUUAUGAGUUCAUUAUGUGCCAGAGUCAUGGUCAUACAGUACAUUUCACACCUUUACUUGCUUAUCAGGUACAUAAAGAGAAUGCACCCGAGUGCCUCACCAUAGUGCACUACACAGAGCUUGCUGACAAAGGACUUAUACUCAUGCGUGGUGAAUUUGAUAAGAAUGUGUUAGAUGGUCAAGAAGCUCAAUGUCUAGCAAAUCAGUUUCAAAUGUAUUAUAGUGGGAAAGACACUACUAAGUUACAGCUACUCAACACUUUCACCAAGAACCCAGACACAUUCAAGCAUAUGGAUUUGAUUGCACAGUUAGAAAAUAUUGGUUUAUAAAAACAUUAAUUAUAUAAAAUGCAUCUGUUCUGUAAUACUGAUUAAAUUCACUUUCUAUUAUAGACUAUAUAGAAAAUAUA